CGCCGCCGCUCGCUGGAGGAGAGGGAUGCGAUAGUGUUCACACCGAGGGGCAAAUACUCAUUCUUUCCAAUGAAUAACUGCCCUUCCAGCGCCACUGCCAGCGGACAACCCGCCCUGCGAGAGGAAGCGUCCAGCGCGUGAGAUUGUCUAAGGAGUAUCUGUCAGCAGCAGCUCUGGCCGUUCUUCUGGUUGAGAUAUGGCGCAGCCGAACACGUGUGGUCAGAGCACUAAUGGUGUGACCGAUGAGUCUCCAAACAUGCUGGUGUACAGGAAGAUGGAAGACAUCAUCGCUCGCAUGCAGGACGAAAAGAACGGGAUUCCCAUCCGGACCGUCAAGAGUUUUCUGUCAAAGAUCCCGAGUGUGUUUUCUGGCUCUGAUAUUGUUCAGUGGAUGCAGAAACAUCUCAACAUUGAAGAUCAAGUGGAGGCUCUUCAUCUGGGAACACUGAUGUCGGCUCACGGUUAUUUCUUCCCCAUAUCAGAUCACGUCCUCACAUUAAAGGAUGACGGAACAUUCUACCGCUUUCAGACUCCGUACUUCUGGCCAUCAAACUGCUGGGAACCAGAAAACACUGACUAUGCCGUUUAUCUCUGCAAACGAACAAUGCAAAAUAAAGCUCGUCUGGAGUUGGCUGAUUAUGAAGCUGAGAGUUUGGCGAGACUCCAGAGAGCUUUUGCUCGGAAAUGGGAGUUUAUAUUUAUGCAAGCAGAAGCACAAGCGAAAGUGGACAAAAAACGGGACAAAAUUGAGCGUAAGAUCUUGGACAGUCAGGAGCGAGCGUUCUGGGACGUACACAGACCUGUGCCUGGCUGUGUGAAUACAACUGAAGCAGACAUAAAGAAAUCUUCACGAAUGAAACAACCACACAAAACACGGAAGUCAGUAUACGGUCUACAGAAUGACAUCCGCAGUCACAGUCCGACUCACACGGCCACACCUGAAGUCAAAGAGCCCACAGAGGAGGAGCUACUCAACCAGAUACAAUAUUGGCAAGCGCAGUUAGACAGACAUCGGUUAAAAAUGUCUAAAGUUGCAGAAAGUUUGUUGAGUUUCUCUGAGCAGUAUAUGGAGUAUGAUCCGUUCUUCACAACACCAGAACCUUCAAACCCCUGGAUCACUGAUGACAACACGUCCUGGGAGCUGGAGGCCAGUAAGGAGCCUGGACAGCAGAGGGUGAAGCGUUGGGGUUUCGGAUUCAACGAGGUUUUGAAGGAUCCGGUCGGGAGAGAACAGUUCCUGAAGUUCCUUGAAUCGGAGUUCAGCUCGGAGAACCUCAGAUUUUGGUUGGCCGUACAGGAACUGAAGAAGCGUCCAAUCCGUGAGGUGCCCAGCAGGGUGCAGGAGAUCUGGGAAGAGUUUCUUGCACCUGGAGCUCAGAGUGCCAUCAACGUCGACUCCAAGAGUUACGAAAAAACCACACGGAACGUGAAAGAUCCCGGACGCUACGCUUUCGAAGACGCUCAGGAGCACAUCUACAAACUCAUGAAGAGUGACUCUUACAGUCGCUUCAUCAGAUCCAGUGCCUACCAGGAGAUGCUGCAGGCCAAGAAAAAGAAAAGCAAGAAUCUUUUCUAGCAUCUGAAUGACAGCUUCUGUUGAGGCUCCGUUACAGCUCAUCUGUACAUUCAUCUAUUUACUGCUCACUGUUCUAAACAUCAGACCAGUUGAGCGCUCACUGCAUGUCCCGGGAGCAGAGGUAUUUUUCCUUUUCAACAUUUCUCCCCCCCAAUCACCUCUUUUAUGUGAUGUCGAUUCAUUCUGGACUUUACGGACUUGAAUUUGCAAAAGUUUUUCAGAAAAGCCAUUUCUACUGAACAUCAGUCGACUUCCUGAGUUUCAGCUGCCCAUUGCCAACUGAACACAAAGCAAAUAUUUAAGCCGUCUCCAAAUUGUAAUGUAUAAUGUUUGUUGGAAUAUAAACUUUCAUUGUAUGAAAGCACUAUACAUAUAUUACGGUUGAUUUGCCGUUAGCACAGAUAACGUCCCUCUGGAAUGAGCGCUUUGAUGUCGAGAUGCGGUUUCUCACCUCUUACAUUUAUUUUUAUUUUUAUACUUUAAGAACUUCAUUUGUUUUCUGUAUGUUUUGUAAAUUUGUGCAUAAAUCCUGGAUAAUCAGCAUGUUUUCUGAUGAAGCCAAAGUGCAUAUGAUAAACAAUAACAGAUGGAUCAGAAUGUUUAUCACCCUCUAUAAACAUGUAAACACACACAGAGUGAAAAACGAUGACUGUUUGGUUGAGUGAUAAUGUAUAGAUGGGUAGUGAGGUUUAAAUAUUAAUGUAUAGAUGGAUAUAUGUACAGAGGUUAAUUUAUGGACAGUCAUGUAUAGAUUUAAUCAUGUAUGAACAGUAAGGUAUGGAUGAAAAAGUAUAGUGGGUAAUAUACUGUAUGGAUACUUAUAGCACACACUUUUGACAUUUAAUUGCAUGCAGGAUAUGAAUUUUAGAUACAGUGCAUUCAGAAAGUAUUCAGACCCCUACAUUUUUUGCACAUUUUGUUACGUUGCAGCCUUAUGCUAAAUGCUUUAAAUUAUUAUUUUUCACAUCAAUCUGCACUCCAUACCCCAU